CGAACGGGAAACUCACCAACCAUACAAGUGCAAUCUCUUACGCUCCGCGCCAUCUUUAUUGGUGUAAUUUUUGAAAAGUUAACGAACAAAAGAACGAGUACACACCACCACAGUCAGCGAACGAGCGCCAAUUUGUAUCUACGGCUGUGUUUUAUAUCAUUCGCUGUGCAACAGUCAAAGCUUGUGGACGUACUAUUCGAGCAGUGAACGGUGUUUUCGAACGGUGUUAUUUUCUGAGUUUUAAACUGGGCUUAAACGAACAAUCGUGUGUGAGUGUGUGCUUUUGUGCGUUGCUUUCUUCUCGUUUUUAUUUGAUAAAUAGUAACAAAAGCAACGAAAUAGCCAUCACAAAUAGUAAAGUGAGCAAUAAACAAGAGGCUAAAGAAAAUAUAUAUCUAUAGUGUUGUUGUACUUAUUUUUGUUGUGUCCGAAAGAACUGUGGUUUAAAGCUAAGAUGAAAACCGUCAGCAUCCGAAUGUGAAGUAGAUGGAAUACAGCAAAUAAAGAGAGACUAUAAGCAUAAGCAACCAACAACAACAACCAAGUGUAUGUAGGUCUCGCAAGAAAAUUGCACUGAGUAUUAUUCAUUUAUACGCUUUAAGUGUAUUCGGACUUCGUGUGUAAUUCGAAUGGAUGCAAAGUGAUCGCCAAAGCCAGACUCUGAAAUUCACUAAAACGAAGCAGAGGCAACAGUUAAAAAAGCUACGAGCAGAAAGAAGCAGCAAAUAAGCCAAUCAGCUAGCCAACGAAAGAGUAUUCGUCGAAAGUUAUUUAUUCAUAUAGUAAACUACUUUGUAAUAUAUAUACAUAUAGUAUAUACUCACUCAUAAAGUUAUUUUAGGGUGUGGUGCGUAAAUUUUUUCCAGAAAAAGUUUAUUAAAUUUCGUGAAAAUCGUCAGUGCGCAAAUUAUACUAAGAAGCAUUUUAUUGCAAUGAGCCUGUUGUCAAAAAAACAGCGAUCGACAGCCAACUUCAUGGCCAACACCAUGUCCUCAUCGUUCACCUCCUUUGUCGCCAUUAUGGUAUGCUUAUUGGCGCUAUUGGCAGGCAGUGCGCAAGCGCAGCGUACUCCAACAAUUUCGUAUAUUACACAAGAACAAAUUAAGGAUAUUGGUGGCACGGUCGAAUUCGAUUGCUCGGUACAGUACGCGAGUGACUAUCAAGUACUGUGGUCAAAGACGGAUGCCGAUCCUGUCUUCUUGUCGACCGCCUCAACGUUGGUUAUUAAAGAUUCACGAUUUUCUCUACGUUAUGAUCCUAAUUCCUCAACAUAUAAACUGCAAAUCAAGGACAUCCAGGAGACCGAUGCAGGUACAUACACCUGUCAAGUGGUAAUUUCUGUCGUACAUAAAGUCAGUGCCAAUGUGAAGCUUUCCGUUCGUCGUCCACCCGUCAUCUCCGACAAUUCAACACAAUCGAUAGUGGCGAGCGAAGGCAGUGAAGUGCAGAUGGAAUGCUAUGCCAGCGGGUAUCCGACGCCGUCAAUUACUUGGCGUCGUGAGAACAACGCCAUCCUACCAACAGAUAGCGCAACAUACGUAGGCAACAUACUGAAGAUUAAGUCGGUGAAGAAGGAAGAUCGCGGCACUUACUAUUGCGUUGCCGACAAUGGUGUAAGCAAGGGUGACCGUCGCAACAUCAAUGUGGAGGUCGAAUUCGCACCUGUCAUCACUGUGCCACGGCCACGCUUGGGACAAGCUCUCCAAUAUGACAUGGAUUUGGAAUGUCACAUCGAAGCUUAUCCACCGCCGGCCAUUGUCUGGCUAAAGGAUGAUAUUCAACUCUCGAACAACCAGCACUACAGCAUCUCUCACUUUGCCACCGCCGACGAGUACUCCGACUCCACAUUGCGUGUUAUCACCAUCGAGAAACGUCAAUAUGGCGACUAUGUUUGCAAGGCCGUAAACAAACUGGGACAGGCCGAAGCGCGCGUCAAUCUCUUCGAAACGGUGAUCCCAGUGUGCCCACCAGCUUGCGGGCAGGCAUAUUAUGGCGGGGCUGAACAUUUGGCGACUACCACAUUUGUAUUUUUGACCAUGGUCGGAGCGGCGCUCUUUGCAAGAUAAACAAAAAAUUUAGAAUUUGUUUAAUCACACCCAAAUACGUAUGCACAUACCAAGUGGGUGCAUUCGAAAAGCAGGACGCAUCUUACAAAAAAAAAACGAUAAGCGAUUAAAGACGAGUAGCAAGCUGGCUAUGCCGCAAAUAAAAAACUAUCGAAAUACAAGCAUACACACAUUAUAUAUAUACAUACAUGCAUAUAGUUAAAACAAAGUCGAAUAUUGUAAUAAUUUAAAUUAAAAAAUUUAAAAGCCAACAUCAAUGGACUUAAAGCCAAAACAAAAUCGAAUCCAUAAGCACACGCGUUUUUGUUAUCAGCGAAGCGAAAAACAACUGCAACAAGCAUUCCAGAAGUUUUAAGUACUCGUCGUAUGGUAGUUAACCUUUACUUUUAACUUAUAUUUAAUUAUCGUCUCAAAUAUUUGACAGCUUUAUCGUUUUCUUUUUUUGUCGAUCUAAGUAAGUCAUUUGUAGUAAAGUUGCUAUAAACAAGACGUCCUUUUUAGUUAAAUGCUUCAUGAUUUAUUUUAUUUUAUAAUGCAACUAUGUACAUAUGGUACAUGCAUGCAUAAAGGAGCGUGCUCAAAACAAAAGCGUCUACACCCAACGUAUGUAUUUACAUACAUAUGUAAUAUUGGCAUUUCUUUCAAGAAGGUAUACAUAAUACUCUGAAAGUCUCUAUAUUCACAAAUAUUUUAUUGUAUAUCGGUACACCGCCACCAAAACCCCGUCCAUAACUAUGAAACAUAUAUGUAGAUUGUUUCAAAGCUCUUGGGAACAUUACUCAAUAGUCCUUCCUACAAUUAGCAUCACAUGCGGACUUGAGUUGCAUAAUUCAAUAUAUUCAAAUAUAUACAUAUGUAUGUAUGUAUGUCAACAUUUUUAUGAAAUAUCCAUUUCUAAAUGUCUAUUAGUUCACAGUCAAUAUAAUAUAAUUUCAAUUGAACAUGUGUUCUUAAGUGCGAAAACAAAAAAUAUAAAAUUUAAUCAAAGCAAGUAAUUUAUAAGAGGAUAAAAGAUGGAAAAGUUGAGUAAAAUUUUUUUAUAAUAGAUUCUAUCAUACCACUCUGUUAAUCAUAAGUUUUUUAUAAGUAAAACGAAUAAGUUUUUAUAUUAAAUACAUUGUAUGUGAAUAACAUUUAUGUAUGUAUGUGACUACGUACCCAUUUCAUAUCGGGUGUAAAUAAAAUGUAAACAAAUUAACUUACAUUUAAAAGGUAUAACAAUUCAAUUAUAAACGAUAAACAAAUGUAAUAAUACUGUGUGACAAACCAAUAGAAUAAACAGAAUUAAUUAAAAA